AGAAGGAUCGAAAUUGGAUUAGAAGAUAUGCCUCUCUGGCACACUCUUCGUGAAGUUCGAACAUGUCUCCCUGUCUCCAUCUCCAUCUUCAUCGUCAGUAAGCAAAGCAAACUCGUUCUUCGCUUUUGCUUCCUUUAAUGCCCGAAACACUAUUCCCCAUCCCUUCUCUCCGCUCCUUCCCCUGUUCGAAACGGGCUCUGUUCUUUUGUUCAAUUCAGCUAUACAGUUGUGGUUUUUCUCAUUGCCCCUUCGGGAGUUGCUGCCCCCCUCGUUCCCGUUGGAACUCCGGAAAUGGUAUCUUCUUCGGACACGAUUCAACCGCGAGAUGUUUGUAUUGUGGGUGUUGCCCGGACACCUAUUGGCGGCCUCCUCGGCUCUCUGUCUUCACUCUCAGCUACCCAACUCGGGUCCAUAGCCAUUCAAUGUGCGCUCAAAAGAGCAAAUGUUGAUCCGUCACUCGUGCAAGAGGUCUUCUUCGGGAAUGUUCUUAGUGCGAAUCUAGGGCAGGCCCCAGCUCGACAGGCCGCAUUAGGGGCCGGUAUACCCAAUUCGGUUGUCUGCACCACUAUUAACAAAGUCUGCGCAUCGGGAAUGAAAGCGACGAUGAUUGCCGCACAAAGUAUACAAUUGGGCAUGAAUGAUGUUGUUGUGGCUGGUGGCAUGGAGAGCAUGUCAAACGCACCAAAGUAUCUAGCUCAAGCAAGAAAUGGUUCCCGCCUAGGGCACGAUAUAGUUAUUGAUGGCAUGCUGAAAGAUGGACUAUGGGAUGUUUACAAUGAUUUUGGAAUGGGCGUUUGUGGAGAAAUUUGUGCCAAGCAACAUGGCAUCACAAGGGAAGAACAGGAUUCUUAUGCAAUCAGGAGCUUUCAGCGUGGAAUUGUCGCACAGAAGAAUGGUUGCUUUGCAUGGGAGUUGGUUCCAGUUAAAGUCUCCUUGGGAAGAGGAAAGCCGCCUGCAAUUAUCGACAAGGAUGAAGGCUUAGAAAAGUUUGACGGGGCCAAACUGAGGAAGCUCAAACCGAGUUUCAAGAAUGGAGGUACUGUCACUGCAGGCAAUGCUUCCAGCAUAAGUGAUGGUGCAGCUGCAUUAGUGUUGGUUAGCGGGAAGAAGGCACUUGAACUGGGGUUGCAAGUCAUUGCUCGAAUCACAGGAUACGCCGAUGCAGCUCAGGCACCUGAAUUGUUCACGACUGCUCCCGCCCUUGCAAUCCCAAGAGCCAUUUCAAAUGCCGGUCUUGCAGCUUCUCAAAUUGACUACUAUGAGAUAAAUGAAGCAUUUUCUGUUGUAGUUCUUGCUAAUCAAAAGCUUCUCGGCUUGAUCCUGAGAGAGUCAAUGUGCAUGGAGGAGGUGUGUCUCUUGGGCAUCCAAUAGGAUGCAGUGGGGCUCGUAUAUUGGUGACGUUGUUAGGGGUACUGAGACAGAGAAAUGGGAAGUAUGGGGUUGCAGGAAUAUGCAACGGAGGAGGAGGGGCAUCGGCCCUAGUUCUCGAGCUCAUGUCAGGUCCAAAGGUGGGACGGUCCUUAUUAUAAAAACAUAGAAUUAGGCCAAAUGGUAUGCUUAGUUCGGGCCAAAGAACAAUAUAAUUCUAUUACAUUUUGUCUUUGUUCUUUGUAGUAGUAAAGAUAUGCCGUAGAAAAUAAAUGUAGUAAAUCCGAUCCUCGAGUGUGUAUUAAUCUCAGCCAGCAAACCGAGACAAGCCUCUAGUCUCACUGAAAACAUAGAUGUACAAUAGAAGGGUAAGCGCACAGAGACUUUGUUUAAAUAAGAGAACCAUCUGUUGCCCUUUCUGCCUUCU